UGGCGGUGCCAAUAAGGGUUAAGUGGGUUCAACUUAACCCUUAUUGGAACUGCAAAACUCUGUUUAGUUUUUGACAGAAACCAAGUUAAACACAAAAUAUAGCAAGAUAGCAGCAUAUGAAUGCCAAGCGCUGCAGUGGUUGAAGCUAGGCCCUUUUAUACCAAGGAAUCAUUAUCAUAGUCGUAACAAAAUGCUCAAUCCAUAUGGCAAAUCUUUUAAUAUUGCUCCCUCCGUCCCUUAAUAUUCGACCCGUUUGACUUUUUACACUAUUCACAUAAUUCACUUUGACUCUAUUUUAUUUCUAAUAUAUGAAAAUAAAUGUUAGUAUAUAAUAUAUUGUUGGCUUCAUCUUAAUAUAUAUUUUCAAAAUAUUAAUAUUUUUAUAAGUUUAUAAUGUGUAGUAAAAGAAAUAGGUGGUCAAAGUUGUGCAUUGACAAGCGUGGCCGGUCAAAACAGAUCGAGUAUUAAGGGACGGAGGGAGUAUCAUAUUCUUUGGCCCGGGGGCUGUGGAUACUUAAUAUUUUCAUCAGUUUCGUGUAAGACUUAUUCUCCAAAUCACCAUGUAAAAAUGCAUUCAGUUUUUAAUUGCUGUGAUUGCCACGUACUUACUUACUGUAGCCAUUUUAGCUUACAGUAGUCCCUUAAUCAGCUUCGAAUUGUGCAUAUAAUUUUUGUAGGUAAGGACAACAAGGCGCAAUUAUUGACUUACGUACUCUUGCUUAAUUAGUUAGCCAUCGAAACCUUGUUUUAGUUGUCUAUCUGAUCUUUUCAUCAGCACAUCCACUAAUUAAGAAGAACAGAAAUAUGGAACUACGUACAUACUAAAAUAGUAACAAACACGUGCAAGUAACCAAGUUUUUCCUAUAAAUAGAUACAAUUUUGCUGCUUAAAUUAACUAAACCAUAUAGUACUAUACCUUCAUUUACAAUAACAAAAAUGAAGGACAUUAUUGUAAUAUGGUUUUACACAUUUUUAUUAUUAAUGUUAUCAUUCAUAUUGUUGAUACUGAUGAAAUUAGUGGUUGAAAAAAAGAAAAGAUCAGAAAAUCUUCCUCCAAGUCCACCAAGUAUUCCCAUAAUAGGCCAUUUACACCUUUUCAAGAAACCAUUUCACGAAAGCAUGCAGAAAAUAUCACAAAAAUAUGGCCCCAUAAUAUCUCUAAAAUGUGGAGGACGCUUAGCAAUAUUAGUUACCUCCCCAUCUGCAGUAGAAGAAUGCUUUAUAAAGAAUGAUAUCGUAUUCGCCGAUCGUCCUCCUCUUCUGAUAGGUAAAUACCUUGGCUAUAACUAUAACUCAAUGGUCACUGCUUCGUAUGGACAACAUUGGCGUAACCUUCGUAAGGUAAGCUUACUAGAACUUCUCUCGAAACACCGCCUCAGUAUUUCUGCUGGUAUCAGGAAAGAUGAAAUUAAGAGAAUGCUUAGUAAACUAGUGGUUGACAGUUUGAGGGUUGAAGGAGAUGCAGACGGGUAUGUCAAGGUUGAGCUCAAGUCAUUGAUUCGAGGUCUGGUACUCAAUAUGUUAUUGAGGAUUCUUGUUGGGAAAAGGUACUAUGGUGGUGAAAGUGGUGUGAUGGAUUCAGACGAAGCUAGACAAUUUACUGAUAUAAUCAAUGAGGCUCUUGAUUUGUUUGUUACUUUGGAUCCUGGAGAUAUUUUACCGAUACUGAGAUGGAUUGACUAUGGCGGAUUUGUGAAGAGGAAUAAACAACUGGCAAACAAGGCGGAUGCAUUUUUGCAAGGUCUUAUUGAUGAGCAUAAAAGGGAGGUAACUGUACUUAACAGUACGGAAGAUCAACCUAUGAUAAAUCGUUUGCUUUCUUUGCAGAAAUCGGAUCCUGAACGCUACACUGACGAGACUAUUAAAGGCCUUAUAUUUGUUUUGCUAGUAGCUGGAACAGACACUUCUUCAACAACAAUGGAGUGUGCAAUGUCGGAGUUGCUGAAAAAUCCAAAUGCCAUGAAAAAAGUAAGAUACGAAAUAGAAGCUAAAAUUGGAAAAGAUAAUUUGGUGGAUGAGUCGGAUCUUCCAAAACUAGAAUACCUUGAAAACGUCAUCUUAGAGACACUAAGGAUGUUCCCUCCAGUCCCAUUUCUACUACCACACAUGUCGUCGCAGGACUGCCAAAUAGGCGGGUUUGAUAUCCCUCGCGAUACCAUUUUGCUAGUCAAUGUAUGGGCCAUUCAACGAGAUCCAAUUCUGUGGGAUGAACCAUCAGAAUUUAAGCCGGAGCGUUUUCAGAUGACAAAUAAUAAUGAUGAUCAUUAUAAGUUGCUUCCUUUUGGUGUUGGAAGGAGGGCUUGUCCCGGGACGAUUAUGGGUAAACGGAUGGUGGGUUGUGUGUUAGGAUCAUUGAUUCAAUGCUUCGAUUGGAAACAGGUCAAUGACGAUCCCAUGUUCAAACCAAGACGUACUGUUCUUUGAGGGACAAAAUAAACUUUUAUCGUAACAUCAUUUCCUUAAUUUGUGUAAAUGUUCAAAUUAUAAUUACAACUUGCAUCACAGUGGCUGCCAUUUUCAUCCACCGGUGGAUGCAAUGUAAUUUCAUAAUAUAGUGUCUCUUCUCCUCAAAUCGAUAUUUCUCUUAAAUCAUCCCAAAAUUGAUACAUGUAAAAAGUACAAUUUCGGAAAGGUAAUUCUGCCUGAGUUUUAUAGGCUAUUUAGAGGAGUUGAUGGAUUUUAUUUCUUCACCAACACACUUAGAGUAAUACCCUCGUCCAAAAAGAGGAAAUUACGGAAAUGAGAUAACCGCCAUAGAAUCUAAAGAAGGGAAACUUCAAAAGAUCAUGGAAAAAUACCAUUAAGCACUACUUCAUCUGGCUCUGGAGGAAGUGGUAACAAUAAUGAUGGGUCAGAGUCAACAAGUGACUCUUAGAUGAUCAUCAAAUAUCAUCUAAGCGAAGGAGGAUAGACUCUGGGGCCUUCUCAAAGGAAGUCAGUUCUGGCGAAUAAUCGGACGCUGAACCGAAUCUCUGAUCAUCAGAAGACGAGGAAGAAGGCAUCCCUUCAUCUCGUAACCCAAUCCAUACUCAAGCCUACAAGUGUGUUGAUCCAGUCAUGUUUAUGGAUGACCGGCCAGACGAAGAUGAUUAUGCUAAAGUAGUAGUUAUUUGGUAGUGACCAAGAUGUCUAAUCAAAGUCAUCUAUCCAAGUCACAUCUUUUGGUACAACGGUGGUCCAAAAGUAGGUUCAAUUCAUAUUUAUAUUCCCUUUUUAGUUAAUAUUUUCUUGUACAUAAAUAUAUUUUGGGGUACAUGCCUUAUAGAUAUUUUGGUACAUUACAUAACAUGUAAAUCGUAACAUUUUUAUGUAAUCCAUGU